AUGGCGCUUCGCAUCUUGUGCCUCUUCCUUGUGUGCUGCCGCGCUGGCAGCUUGCCGGCGCCGGUGCUGGCCUCCUCCACUCGCACAGCGCCAUCCCCCAUCCCAGCAACGCCCCGGCCCCGCGAGGUGCGUCGGCGAGAGCACCUGGCCGGCUGGCAGCUGCUUCUGUGCAGCGCCUGCUUGGGACUCGCAGCGGUGCCAGCACGUGCUGCCGACCUCGUCAAUGGCGAGGCCCUCUUUGAUGCGAAUUGCGUCUCGUGCCACGCGGGCGGCGGCAACAAAAUCUACCCGCAGCAGACCCUCUCGCGCAGCGCACUGGAGAGGAAUGGGAAGAACUCGGUGGAGUUGAUCGCGCAGCAGGUCAGCAACGGCCAAGCACCCAUGCCAAGUUUCCGAGGCAAGCUUGGCGUUCCUCGCCGGCAGUUGGUGUCAGCUGUGCGCAUGUGA